UGUGCAUGUGAAUGUGUGCAUGUGAGUGUGCAUGUGUGUGUGCAUGUGAAUGUGUGCAUGUGAGUGUGCACAUGGUCUGGUUCAGUGGGCAGAGGAAACCUCUACCUGCUGCCUUCUCCUCCUCCGUUACAUAGAAAUGUGGGAAACCGGCAGGUCAAACCGGCUCUGCCAUCACCUCCAUCAGCGGUUCGGCAUGUCGGCGUGUCGCAGCACGAAGGCUCUCAAACCUCUGACUGCCCCACAGACGGAAGCAGAUGAAGAUCUCUCACAUCUGUCCCUGAACGCCGUUUCUCAACGGUUCUUUCUGGCAUUUCUGUAGAAGCAGUUUUCCUUCAUCAUCCAUCUUCUCCUGAUAAUCCAGAUCCGGGUCUCAGCAGAGAGUCCCAGACCUCCUUCUCCACAUGAACUUCUUCCAGAUCUGCCGUGAUUGGAUGGGUGAUCCGCUGGAGUUUCCUGAGUCCUUCGGUGGACGGUGUUGGUAGAGGACUGCUCCCCUCGAGGCUCCGAAUGGUUUGCCAGACCUUUUUUGAGGUUGACCAAUGGUUCUUCUCCGUGAGGUUCCUGAACGCCUCCCAGACCUGACUUUUUCUUGCUGCUGCUCGCUCUGCAUGCCGCUUGGACUGUCCACACCGGAGACUUUGACCGUCCAGACCACCACGGGACUACAACGACGGCGCUCCAAGGAUCCACUUAAAGUCCAGACCUCAACCUGGUUCAGAAGCUGAGGUGGAGCAUCAGAGAGAUGAACGCUGGAAAAGGGGGCGGGGCUGAGGCUCUUGCUGGUAAACACAGAUUUCUCACUCAUUGUGACAAAGCCAUCUUUAAGGACAUUUUGGUGUCAGAAGUGUGAUCUGAACCCACGUUUCUUUCAAGACUGCGACCUCAAAUGUCACAGUGUGGUGUGACUAGAGGGGCCUGGUUACCAUAGGUGGCAGGAACAGGGUUUUCAUUACACUCAGCUCCUUCCCUUUUAUGGGCUCCAGGUAACUGGCUGACCACGUUCAGGAAGGAAGCCCCUUUAACCAAACAAGAAAGAAAAUGUGCAACAAACGACAGAAACAUUUUGGAAACCAUACGGUUAAAGUCCUGUAAACAAAUACAAACAACUCAUAUCAUUACCACCAAAAGGUUUACAAAGAAAUCCAAAUUCUUUCAACUUCCUGUGCCCAACUCCUAAACAGGAAGUGAAGGUCUUGGCUGCCAUUUUGUUCUUUGGGCAACAGGAAGAGAAGGUGAGAAACAUGACAGGACAUCUAAACGUGAAGAGGUGCUACAGACAGAUGACAUGUAGAUACCACUCCUUGGUCACGCUCAUCUUUGUGAGCGGUAACGGCGUUCUGCCGCGACAGGUGGACUGCUUCGUUUGGCAGCUGUAAAAACUCACUGGUCCACCUGUCGAUGAAGGUUCUCCUUCAUCCAGGUGUGGUCCUGAAGUGGAGUCAUGGCAUCUGGAUCUCUAGUCUUCCAGCGUCUCAUCCGUCAGACCGAGGAUCUCUGGUCCACCUGGAAGCGGGGAUCGCCGUUGACCCGGUUCAGUGUGAUUGUAGAGGAAACUGGAUGGUUCAGGAGGACUUGCUGGUGAUGCUGCCCCCUACAGAGCAGCUGUUGGACUUGCAGUGGUCAGUCAUGUCAACAGAGGAGAGAUGUUCUCCAGAACUCUGUAAACUGGGCCUCUCUUUGGUGCAUGGUUCCUCGUUCCGUUUCCUUUUUGAGCUGAACAGUCGGGUCAAUCAUCUCCUGCCUGGCCUCGGUCUGCAGCUCCUCUUUGGGUUUUGUCGUGUGGUUUUCCGCUGAUUCAUCACCGCUCAAGCAGAUGAUGCUUGAGCGGGGGGGGGGGUAGCGGUCUGGCUUUGACUUGCAAAUGAGCAGCAGAGCCGCUCACAAAACUCUGUCACAGUUAUGAGGCACUUUGUUUUUCUGCGGCUCUUCCUCCUCCCCCUCUGAGUUCUUCCUCCUGCGGGCGCGACAGAAGAAGGAAGUCAGCUUCUCCUCACUGCUUCACACAGACAGGCGCACAGGUGAGUCCUGCAGGUAACCGCUGCCUCUGGAUCCCACCUCCACUCUGCUGUCAUGAGAUGGAAAGUUUCAGACGUCUGACUUAGAAAGGGAACACACCAAAAACCUUUUUUAUUUCCAGUGACUUUGUCCGGAUCAGAGAUUUCCAGACUUGAUGAUCAUAAACCAGAAACAUGAAUCUCUCUAGUCCGUCUCCAGCAUCUCCGUCUGAAAUGUCUCCCAGGACGAAUGAAAGUCAUUCAGACGGAGCGAUGCAGAGCUCCACCCACGUUUUCUUCACAAUCGCCUACAGUCUGCUGUUUGUGGUGGGUUUGCUCCUCAACGGUUUCACUCUGAAGGUCUACUUCUGCAGAGCUCAGCAGAUGACGGCCAGCAGCGUCACCAUCUACCUGAAGAACCUGGCGGCUGCAGACUUCCUCCUCAGCCUCUGCCUCCCCCUCCGAAUCAUCAACUUUUCCAUCAAAGACCUCACCAUCCGUAAGACCUACUGCAGCUUCGGCGCCUCGGCGUUCUACCUGAACAUGUACGCCAGCAUCCUCUUCAUGGGCUACAUCGCGACUAACAGGUAUUUGAAGAUUGUCCAUCCUGUAGGAAACCACGUCCUCCAGACCCGUAAAGCUGCUUUUAUCCUCUCCACGGUAACCUGGGCGGUCCUUGGGUCUGUAAUGGGCUUGUACGCCAUCCUGUCGAUCGCCACAGCGAAAGAGAACGUCACCGUCCCCCCGGAGAUCAGCUGUGAUUUCCUGCAGGGUCCGGAGGUGGACCUGCUCUACAAAGCCGUCCACACCGUCUGCUUUAUCGUCUUCCUGUUUGUCCUGGGCGCCCUGGCCUUCCUGUACCGCGGCAUCUCCAGAAGGGUGUUGCUGAUGCAAAGACGGCAGUCGGCGACGUCCACCUCCAAAAAGCUCACCAAGUCCCGCAGAAACAUGCUGGUUCUGGUCAGCGUCUUUAGCAUUUGCUUCGUCCCGUAUCACCUGAUUCGUCUUCCUUACGCCUUCAACAAGAACUCUGUGCAAUCGUGGGGGCAGUGGUUCACUAACCUAAAGGAGGUGGGGGUCAUGCUGUCGGCUUGUAACGUCUGCCUGGACCCCCUCAUCUACUUCAUCUUCUGCAAAGCGUUUCGCGCUCAGCUGAUGUUCAAGAGGGUUUUCGACACAUCCGAGGUCUCGGCGACGUACUUUAACCCGGACAGGAGGACCAGCGACGGUUCCAACAGGAACAACGGGAAGCUGUCGCCAAGCUCUUUAACCAAUCGCCCCAGCGUGGUGUAAGGCCGACGCUCCAACCAUCUGUGUGGCGGUCAGAGCUCCCAUUCUCAACCCCACACACCCAGGAGAUGGAAAAAUCCUUCUGGUCAUGUGACCUGCUGGUCUGCAUCGGCCCACGUGAAGCUUACGCUUUGUGCUGGUCGCCAUCUUGGCUGGAUGGGAAGAAAUGACAAAGAUGACGCAAUUUCUUCCCAAGUACAUUUUCAAGAAUGUUGACUCCAAGGAGGUCUUGGAGUCAACUGUAAGUAUUUUCCUGAUCCUCCUGAAGGGUGCAAAAGCUCAUUGGAUUGUGUAACAAGCCCCCCGUGGUGAACUGAAGGUCUUCAGCCAGUGGUGGAAGGAAGUGAAAGUGUUUUGUCCUCCGGACGUCCUGAAAGAUCACAGUGGGUUCCUAAAGGGACGCUUGGAUCAUGUUUUCUAUCCGUUCCUUUCAAUGAGUCUUUUUUAUGGUCAGAAAAAGACUCUCCUGUUGACCGAUGGAUGAAUCCACGGAAGACCCAAGUCUGCAAAGAGUCACGACUAAAAUGCUUCCUUCAUGUUUAAAAGAAAGACAGAAUAUGAGAAGAAGCUGCAGAAGUGGCUUUUUCUGUCUGUCCACACACAAACAGAACCUUCCAGAUGAAACCAGCUCCCAUAAUCCACCUGGACAAAUCUGCACAGACCUGCAAGAGCGCCGCCGCUUCUGACUAUUAACUUUUUUUAUUUGCUGUGAAAACAUUACAACCAAACCAACAGAGACUUGGAGCUGAAAUGACUCCCAGAAAAAGUUCUGAUGGUUUUUAUUCUGUUUUUGUGUUGAAAAUAUUGUUUCAUUUCUUAAAGAAAGGUCAGUAAUAACAUUGUUAAAAUAUUUAUUUCUAAGAUAUUUAAUAUGUACAAAUGUGUAUAUAUUCACACAUACAUGUUUGUUUCAUUGUUUGCUUCUUUGUCUAUUCUGUUUAAGCAGUUUUUUGUUUCUUAUUUUGUGUUUUAUUUUUUGUCACUCUUGGAACAGUAAAAACUGUAAAACUUUAAGAAGCGUUUAAAUUAAAAACUAUAUUUUAUAGAAGUUAUAUAUAUUAAA